AUGGACCUCACAAACUCCGAAACUAUUCACGAAGCCUUGGGACGAACCGCCAUCAUAACACCACGAGCCCGGCUACAGAAGCUAACCGUACGGAUCCGGAAGAUUAAAGAAAAGUAUGAAGAGGGAACACCGGAGGCCAACUUAACGCUCUUGGUGCUAGAAAGACUUGAGAAAGCGAGAGGAGAAUUAGAUGAAGAUAUAGAGCGGCUGGAAGCAGUGUGCGGACAACGAGGAAAACCGCACUUUCUAGCUUCUGAGACCGAUCAUGAAGCAACUCCUCCUCGGGCGAAUUCGGUGAUAAACGAAACCAGCGAAAGGAUAGAAGCUCCUUUCACCGAACAACCUGGAGUCUCCAAACCGGGUAUUACAGAAGAAAGGGUUAAGUUCCUCCUUCAAGAGUUUGAAGACUCAACGGUUCACCCAUUAGAGGAAAGAAUGAAGAGAACCGUAAGCCUGGAACUCCGCAACCAGCUUCACCGAACCGAGGCCUUAGAAGAAGACACCUCAGGACUAAAGGAUGACUUCGAUCGGCUUAAAAGAGAGACCGAACAAAGAUUAAGAGAGGUCACUGAGGAUCUGGUCGGCACAACACUUGAUAGGGUCUCGGAACUGGAAAAGAAGAAUGCGGGUCUUGAAGACCGCAACGACAAACUCGAGGCCGACCUCAAGGCGCUUACCGCACAAGUUGAUGAAUUACUCAAGGCCAAGUUGAAUGCGGAUCAAGCGGUUGUGGAGGCAAAUGCCCGAGCGGCUAAGGAAGUCUAG